AUGAGGGCAGCUCUCUGGGCCUUGGGAGUCGGGCCCCUUCUCCUCACUCUCCGGGCAGUCCCCAUCGGCGGACCGGGCAACCUGAAACUGGCGAACAGAUACAGUGAGUGUGACGGAUUGGUGCUGGUCCAGCACGAGGGUGUGUGGGGACACGUGUGCAACCAGGAGUGGACGCUGGCGGAGGCAUCGGUGGUCUGCAGGCAGCUGGGCUGCGGCCAGGCGGUGGGGGCCCCCAAGUAUGUCCCGCUGCCCCAUGAGAGGCGGCAGCCCGUGCUCCACAACGUGUCCUGCAGGGGGGACGAGUCCUCCCUGUGGGAGUGCAGCCUCGGGGCGUGGACGCAGACCCAGUGCCCCCACGAGUGGAUGGUGGUGGCGCUGUGCACCAACGGAACUUUCCGGGAGAUCCGGCUGGUGAAGGGCCGAAGCCCCUGCUCCGGGCUCCCCGAGAUCAGGAACCUGAACGGCAUCGACCGCCUCUGUGGCCUGCAUGAGACGGAGGCCACAGUGUUCUGCCAGGAGCUGGGGUGCGGCCCCGCGCUGCAGGCUUCCCGCCAAGAUGCAGGCCCUGGCGGGAAGUACAUGACUUGCCAGGGCACGGAGCCCACCAUCCGAAACUGCAGACUCAACAACAACCUCCGCAGCGGCUGCGACUUCCAGCAAGACGCAGAGGUGGUCUGUUCAGGACACAUUGAGGCCCGGCUGGUGGGCGGCGAGCACCCCUGUGCUGGGCGCCUGGAGGUGAGGCGUGGCCUGACCUGGGGCACCGUCUGCGACCAGGACCUGGACCAGGCCACGGCCGACGUGGUGUGUCGGGAGCUGCAGUGUGGCAUGGCCGCGUCCACACCCCCGGGCGCGCACUUCGGCCAGGGCUCUGGGCCCGUGUGGACGGAGGCCUUCCGCUGUGCAGGCAACGAGUCCCUGCUGUUCCACUGCCCUCGGGCGCCUGGGCACCAGUGUGGGCACAGCCAGGACGCCGGGCUCAGGUGCUCAGAGUUCCGGCUGGUCAACGGCAGCAGCAGCUGUGAGGGGCGCGUGGAGCUCCAGGUUCAGGGGGCCUGGGCACCCCUCUGUGCCGCCCACUGGGACCUGGCAGACGCCACCGUCCUCUGCCACCAGCUCAACUGUGGCAGUGCCCUGGCCGCGCCCCAAGGAGGUCACUUUGGGCACGGAAGCGCUCCCCUCUGGCCCGACAGGUUUCACUGUGCGGGGACAGAGCCCUAUUUGUGGAAUUGCCCGGUGAGCACCCUGGGCGCCCCGGCCUGUGCCCCGGGAAACUCGGCCUCCGUGGUCUGCUCAGGUCUCCGCCACGCCCUGCGGCUGCGGGAUGGGCAGAGCCGCUGCGAUGGCCGCGUGGAGGUGUCCCUGGACGGCGUGUGGGGCCGCGUCCUGGACGACGCGUGGGACGUGCGCGGCGCGGGCGUGGUGUGCCGGCAGCUGGGGUGCGGAGAGGCGGAGCGGGCCUACGAUGCGGCCGCCCCGGGGCGCGGGGCCGGCGUGGGGCUGAGCCGCGUGCGCUGUCUGGGCAGCGAGGCCCGCCUGGCCCAGUGCAACGUGUCCGCGUCGCGGCUGGUGCCGGCGGGGACGUGGCGGGACGCGGGCGUGGUGUGCGCUGGGAGCCGCCGCGUGCGCCUGGCCGCGGGGCCGGGCCGCUGUGCGGGGCGCGUGGAGGUGCUGCACGGGGGCGCGUGGGGCACCGUGUGCGAUGACGGCUGGGACCUGCGGGACGCGCACGUGGUGUGCAGGCAGCUGGGCUGCGGCCACGCCCUGGGCGCCCUGGGGGCGGCGCACUUCGGGUCCGGGUCCGGGCGCAUCUGGAUGGACGAGCUGGGCUGCGAGGGCAACGAGUCUGCGCUGUGGCGGUGCCCGUCGGGGGGCUGGGGCCAGCACGACUGCGGGCACAAGGAGGACGCCGGCGUCUUCUGCUCAGAGUCCGUGGCCCUGAGGCUGCAAGGGGGCACCCAGCUCUGUGCUGGGUGGCUGGAGGUGUUCUACAACGGCACGUGGGGCGCCGUGUGCGGUAACUCCCUGAAGGAGAACUCCUUGUCCAUCAUUUGCAAGCAGCUGGGCUGUGGGGAGCAGGGCUGGCUGGAGAACAGGCCCGUCCCCACUGGCCUGGGCGUCUCCUGGCUGGACAACAUUGAGUGCCGCAGGCUGCAAAACUCUACGCUGUGGCAGUGCCCCUCAGCCCCGUGGCAUCCGCGCUCCUGUGCCCACGGAGAAGAGAUCUGGAUCACCUGUACAGGAUUGUCAGCGAAAACGACGCAGGACCCCGGGGAGACCCUCAACUGCUCCGCCACCCGCAGCUGCCCAGAGGAAGGCUCGGUGCGCGUGAGCGGGGGCGAGGACAGCUGCUCUGGCCGCGUGGAGCUCUGGCACGCGGGCUCCUGGGGCACCGUGUGCGACGAUGCCUGGGACCUGGCGGACGCGGAGGUCGUGUGCCGCCAGCUGGGCUGUGGCAGGGCCAUCAGCGCCCUGGCCGGGGCCGCCUUUGGUCCGGGCUCAGGGCCUGUGUGGCUGGACGAGGUGGGGUGCCGGGGCAGCGAGGCGUCCCUGUGGGGCUGCCCAGCGGAGCCGUGGGGACGUGCGGACUGCGGGCACAAGGAGGAUGCGGGCGUGCGCUGCUCCCGUGACAGAGGGACCACGGUCCGCCCACCAGCAUCAGGCCCUGCCUUGGCCCCACUGCCUUCCCUCAAGGCUGGGACCCUGCCCAUGAUCUUCUGCUUCGUUCUGGGCACUCUCCUGGGCUGCGUCUCCCUGAUCCUGGGGGUGCAGUGGUACCGCAGAGGAGCCUGCAGAGGUUUUGGAAUGUGGGGGACCCGGCCCUCCGAAGUUGUUUAUGAGGACAUUGGAGCUGUCCCCAUGGGGGAGAAGGUCGAAGGGUCCAGUGUGCCCCAGGACCUGCUGCCGGAAGAGGACUAUGACGAUGCCUGGGAGCCCGAGCCAGGCCCUGAGGAGCCGGAGGAGGAGCCGGAGGAGGGGACGGCCCUGAGCUCCGUGGACUCCGCACCCUCCGGGCCCCAGAGGGCAGGCUGGGACGGAAAACCGCGGUGGCCCCGGCUGCAGGAUGCGAUGCCCAGGAGCUGGCCAUCGGGGACACCAGCAAGACUCCUGGGAGCUUUCAUGUUUCUCAUUUCUAAAAAAGAUGCCAUUAAACUCCCUUUGAACGCAUUCAUCCAUCCAUUCCAACAGAGGUGCCCAGGGAUGGCAUCGUCCCCUCGGCGGCUGUGGCCCCUCCUCCUGGCCUGCUGGACCCUCCCUGCGGGCCCUGCGGCGGAGUCCGUGGCCCUGCUGAGAGGCGGGAACCGCUGCGAGGGCCUGGUGCGGGUCCAGCUGGGCGGCCGGCGGGGCCCAGUGUGCGGGGACCACUGGGGCCUGCAGGAGGCGGCGGUCGUCUGCCGGCAGCUGGACUGUGGCGGGGCCCACGUGGCGCCCACCUACGUGAUGUGGCCCCAGGAGAGGCAGCCCUCCUUGCUGCAGGGCGUGAGGUGCCAGGGCUCAGAGGCCUCACUCUGGGACUGCGCCCCGGGGUCGUGGGAGAAGCCGGAGGGCUGCGCGUGUGAGUGCAUCGGCGCGGUCCACUGCACAGGUGGGACGCUGGCGAAAGUGGGGCUCAGCGGCGGAGGCAGCCCCUGCGCGGGGACCUUUGAGAUCAGAUUGUCUGGAAACCCUGGUAUGACGUGCGGUUUGCACGUGGAGGAGGCGAGUGUCUUCUGCAGGAGUCUGGGGUGUGGCCCCGUGCUCCAGGCGUCCAGACCCCACCUCACCGGGGGCUCUGGGGGCUGGGGACCUAAGAUCGUGACCUGCCGGGGAACAGAGUCCAGCAUCUUCAACUGCAGGUUCAAUAUGAACUUUCAGGACCAGUGCAACCUGCCGACAGAUGCGCAGGUCGUGUGUUCAGGACACACUGAGGCCCGGCUGGCGGGCGGCGAGCACCCCUGUGCUGGGCGCCUGGAGGUGAGGCGUGGCCUGACAUGGGGCGCCGUCUGCGACCAGGACCUGGACCAGGCCACGGCCGACGUGGUGUGUCGGGAGCUGCAGUGUGGCUCAGCUCUGUCCACACCCCGGGCAGCGCACUUCGGCCAGGGCUCUGGGUCCGUGUGGACGGAGGCCUUCCGCUGUGCAGGCAACGAGUCCCUGCUGUUCCACUGCCCUCGGGCGCCUGGGCACCAGUGUGGGCAUGGCCAGGAUGCCGGGCUCAGGUGCUCGGGGGAAAGGUUCCAGCUGGUCAACGGCAGCAGCAGCUGUGAGGGGCGCGUGGAGCUCCAGGUUCAGGGGGCCUGGGCACCCCUCUGUGCCGCCCACUGGGACCUGGCAGACGCCACCGUCCUCUGCCACCAGCUCAACUGUGGCAGUGCCCUGGCCGCGCCCCGAGGAGGUCACUUUGGGCACGGAAGCGCUCCCCUCUGGCCCGACAGGUUUCACUGUGCGGGGACAGAGCCCUAUUUGUGGAAUUGCCCGGUGAGCACCCUGGGCGCCCCGGCCUGUGCCCCGGGAAACUCGGCCUCCGUGGUCUGCUCAGGUCUCCGCCACGCCCUGCGGCUGCGGGAUGGGCAGAGCCGCUGUGACGGCCGCGUGGAGGUGUCCCUGGACGGCGUGUGGGGCCGCGUCCUGGACGACGCGUGGGACGUGAGCGGCGCGGGCGUGGUGUGCCGGCAGCUGGGGUGCGGAGAGGCGGAGCGGGCCUACGAUGCGGCCGCCCCGGGGCGCGGGGCCGGCGUGGGGCUGAGCCGCGUGCGCUGUCUGGGCAGCGAGGCCCGCCUGGCCCAGUGCAACGUGUCCGCGUCGCGGCUGGUGCCGGCGGGGACGUGGCGGGACGCGGGCGUGGUGUGCGCUGGGAGCCGCCGCGUGCGCCUGGCCGCGGGGCCGGGCCGCUGUGCGGGGCGCGUGGAGGUGCUGCACGGGGGCGCGUGGGGCACCGUGUGCGAUGACGGCUGGGACCUGCGGGACGCGCACGUGGUGUGCAGGCAGCUGGGCUGCGGCCACGCCCUGGGCGCCCUGGGGGCGGCGCACUUCGGGUCCGGGUCCGGGCGCAUCUGGAUGGAUGAGCUGGGCUGCGAGGGCAACGAGUCUGCGCUGUGGCGGUGCCCGUCGGGGGGCUGGGGCCAGCACGACUGCGGGCACAAGGAGGACGCCGGCGUCUUCUGCUCAGGGCUCACAGACCUGAGGCUGCGGGACGGCAGCGGGCCCUGCUCCGGGCGCCUGGAGGUGUUCUACAACGGCACCUGGGGAGGCGUGUGCCGGACGCUGAGCCCUGCCUCCCUGGGCGUCCUGUGUGGCCAGCUGGGCUGUGGGCCGCAGGGACAGCUCCAGGCGGCGGCGGGGACCGGGAAGGCCCCCGGGACGCUCUGGGUGGCCUCCAUUCAGUGCCGGCACAGGCACGACCUGUCCCUGUGGCAGUGCCCGUCAGCCCCCUGGGACCAGCAUUCGUGCUCCAGCCAGGAGGAGGCCUGGGUGGUGUGUGCAGAAAAGGCAGGAGGAACUCCUCCGGACCCCGGGGAGACCCUCAACUGCUCAGCCACCCGCAGCUGCCCAGAGGAAGGCUCGGUGCGCGUGAGCGGGGGCGAGGACAGCUGCUCCGGGCGCGUGGAGCUCUGGCACGCGGGCUCCUGGGGCACCGUGUGCGACGAUGCCUGGGACCUGGCGGACGCGGAGGUCGUGUGCCGCCAGCUGGGCUGUGGCAGGGCCAUCAGCGCCCUGGCCGGGGCCGCCUUUGGUCCGGGCUCAGGGCCUGUGUGGCUGGACGAGGUGGGGUGCCGGGGCAGCGAGGCGUCCCUGUGGGGCUGCCCAGCGGAGCCGUGGGGACGUGCGGACUGCGGGCACAAGGAGGACGCGGGCGUGCGCUGCUCCGAGCCUGGCCCUGCUCCCCUGUGGAACCCAGAGCCCUGCCCGGUGCUCAGGGCGGUCAGCGCCGUCCUGGGAGCACUUCUUGGUCUUCUCUUCCUGGGCCUCCUGGGCCUCCUGAUCCUGCUGCGAAUCACACGAGCCAAGCAGAGAGGCCUGGGAAGUUCGGAGGUGUCUCCUGGAGAGCCCACCUAUGAUGUCAUCGGGGAAGUGCCUCUCGCAGGGCUGUACGAGGAAAUCGAGGAGGAGCCCCAGGGAGGGGCAGCGAGCCUCACGGACGGACAGUCUGGGCCGGAGGAGGGUUACGACGAGGCUGCAUUUCCUCUGGAGGAGAUGACGCUGUGAAGACCUGGAGGUAGAGUUGCCGCUGACAGAGUGGAAAGCACAGUUCGUGGUUCCCCUUUACGAUGGUGUUGAAUCCCAAACACACAGGAGCAUUUGGGGGACUGUCCUCAAGCCUCUAGGUGAAACCCCGUCUCCUCCCACCCCUGCCCCCUCGCCCCCAUUCCUUCUGGGAGACACACGCCUGUGCAUCCACAACACAAACACAGACGCCUGUAGAAAUCCAUAGUUAUGUUCGCCAUUUCUUUAACGACAUCCGUGGCGAGCCCUGGUUGGUGUGCUCAGUGGUUAGAGCAUUGACCCUCGCACCUGGGUUGCAGGCUCAAUCCCUGGGCCUGGUGGAGGCGUAUGCGGGAGGCAACCAAUCAAUGUGUCUCACAUCCAUAUUUCUCUCUCUCUCUCCCCCAGCCCCCCAUUUCACUCUCUCUCUCAAAAAAAAAAAAUCAAUGGGAAAAUAUCCUUGGGUGAGGAUUAACCAAAAAAACCCCCCAAAAAACAAACAUAUUUAGCAACAUCUUCAGGUACCACUCACUGGAGGGCUCUGUGUCACUGGGCAGGCAUCUGCUUUCCUUUUUUUUUUUUUUUAAUCCUCAUCUGAGGAUAUGUUUAUUGAUUUUCGAGAGAGUAAGGGGGAAAGAGAGAGAGAAACAUUGAUCCGUCACCUUCGGUACUUGCCCAAUCAGGCAUUGACCCUGCAACUUAGGCACGUGCCCGAAUCGGGAAUUGAACCCGCAACCUUUGCGGUGUAUGGGACAUCACUCCAACCCACUGAGCCACCUGGCUGGGGCUGCUGCUUCUUUUUUCUUGUAAACUCUCCUUAAUUGGGUCCAAAGUGUCCUGUAGCUUUUCUACAUGUGUAAUCAUGUCAUCUGUGAAUAAUGACGGGCCCUUUCCUUUCCUUUAGACCUUUAACCUCUUUUUUGUUGUGCCUUAUUUCAAGGGCCAGGCCGCUCGGCCCCAUAUCGAAUGUGGCAGCACAGUGGCCGCGCGCCUCCCGAUUUCCUUUCACCAUUAAAUACAGUAUUGGAUGUGUUUUUGUGGUCAGUGCCAUUUAUCAGAGGAAGGGAAACCAGCCUGUUGCCAAUUUCCUAAGGGUUUUGGUUUUUAUCAUGAAGUGCUGACUUUAAUGCUUGUGCAUCUGUUAAGAUGAUCCAUGAUUUCCUCCCCUUUGUGGUCAUUGUGGUGAGCUGCAUUGGUUGAUUUUCAAGUGUUAAUCCAACCUUGGGUUAAGCAAACUAACCUCUGUCGUGACCUAUUUCUUAUUCAUUAUCUCUAUUACAGGAAUCAGUUUGGCAAUAUGUUGGAUCAAUAGUUAGAAGAGGGCUUGAUGUGUAAUUUUCCUUUGCUGUAAAUGCUUCUGUCUCAUUUCUUUUGGCAUGAGGAUUAUUUAGGUCUCAUAAAAAUUAGGAGAUUUCCCUUCUUUAAGAAGUAAUUGUGAAAUUUUGUGUAGCCCUCAUUUUAUAUCUUCCUUAAAUGCUUGGAAGAAUUUGACAGUGAAGCCCUCUGGGCCUAGAAUUUUCUUUUCUGGGGAAUUUUCCUUUUCAGAUUUAAUUUUUAAAACUGUAGAUAAUUGAAUUAUUCGUGCUUUCUAUUUCUUCUUAGAUCUUGUUCGUGAAUUUCUUUUUAUCGAUGAACUGACAAUAUUAUCUACAUUUUAAAUUCAUUGACAUAAAGUUAUUGAUAAUAUCUUUGUACUAUCUUUUAAAUGUCUACAAUACCUAUACUUAUGUGCCUUUUUUCAAUGUCGAUAGUGGUACUUUGUGACUGCUCUGUUAUUCUUGAUCAGUGUUGCUAGGGGUUAACCAUUUCACUAGCAUCUUCAAGGCCUUAGGAAACAUGUGCCUUUGACUUCCUUCAUUUCUUUAAAUUGAACAUCUGAUUUCAGUUUCACUUGUUUCUGCUCUGAUCUGUAUAAUCUUUUUCUUUCUACUUAUUGUAGCUUUUUGGUAGUGAUAUUUAGACCACUUAUUUUCCACAUUUCUUCUUUUUAAUGUGUACAUGUAAAUUUAUAAACUUUCCUUGUAAUGUCGCUUCAGUUACAUACCAAGAGUUAUAGGCUGUAUUUUUGUUUUAACAGCAUACAAUAAACUUCAUAUAUUGACAGUAUGUAAAUGGUGAUAAGUCUUGACACACGUGUACAUUGAGGAAGCCAUCACAGCAAUCUGGGGAGUGGACUGGUCCCCAAAGAUUUUUCCUGUCCUUUUGUAUGUCUCUCUCCACCCCCACAGCUAAUCAUUGUUCAACUUUUUGUCACUGUAGAGUAGUUUAUACUUUGGGGAAUUUAUAUAAGUGGAAUUAAUACAGAAGGUACUCUUCUGGGUGUUGGGGGGACCAGCUGGCUUUUGUUCACUUGGCAUAAUUAUUGUGUUUAGAAAGUUUCCUUAGAAAAUUUUGUUAAUAAAGUUUGCAGCUAAAUGUAUAAGAGAUAUUGGUAUUAAGUUUUCUCGUUAUGUCUUUCUCUGGUUUUAAUACAAGGUUGACACUGACCUCACAGAAUGAGUUGGGCAGUAUUCUUUCUUGUUUAAUUUUACGAAAACGUUUGGGUUGAAUUGGUUUUAUCUAUUUCUUAAAUUUUUGGUAGAUUUUACCAGUGAAGCCAUCUAGGCCUGGGGUUUUGUUUGCAGGAAUGUUUUUAACUAUAAUUUCAAUUUUUAGUGGAUAUAAGCUUACUGAUGUAGGGGGGAG